AUGAAGCUGAUGAUGGUCCUGAUGCUGGCUACCCUUCCCUUUUACUCCUAUGCAGGUUCUGGCUGUGUUCCCUUGGAGAGUGCCCUUAACAAGGUCAUUGAUCCUUCAGUUUCUGUGGAGGAAUAUACAACACAUCUUCAGAAGUACAUCCUCACUGAUGCCACUAAAGUCGCCGUGGAGGAGCUCAAACAGUGCUUCCUCAACCAAAGUAAUGAGACUCUGGCCAAUGUUCAGGUCUUGGAGUAUGCGAUAUUUGACAGCCUUUACUGUGCUGCGUAUUAG